AUCUUUAUGUUGAUAAAAAGUUUUUCGCUAAACAGCUAGCUUCCAUAUUUAUAUAUUUUCCAUGAUGCCGUGCAUCAGAGACGCUCUGUUACUUUCUCAUGGUGAUGGUUUUCUUGGUGUAGAUGACUGCAUGUUGCUAUACGAAAUAUAUAAACCAAAAAACCCGAAUAUGUGUUACAGAAAGUACGACAAGUUUUCCAUUCACAAGUUUUCUGACGAUGAGUGCAAAAACAAUUUUCGAUUUUAUCGCAACGAUAUAUACCACCUACGCGACGUAAUGCAGCUACCUCUAGAGGUAACUUGUUAUAAUGGUGUUCAAGUCGACGGCAUUGAGGCGCUUUGUAUAUUUUUGAUGAGGUUUGCUUAUCCUUGCCGCUUUGCAGAUCUGGUGCCAACAUUUGGAAGACCCAUUCCACAGCUAUGCAUGAUAACAAACGAAGUUAUCAACUUCACAUAUGAGCGAUGGGGACAUUUGUUGUCUUCUUUAAAUCAACCCUGGCUUUCUCCCUCCAAUUUACAAAUAUUUGCUGAUGCAGUACACAGCCAAGGUGCUCCAUUGGCAAACUGCUGGGGGUUCAUAGAUGGUACAGUCAGACCUGUGACUAGACCAGGAAAAAAUCAACGUGUACUUUACAACGGUCAUAAACGAGUACACGCCAUAAAGUUUCAGUCUAUAGCAGCCCCUAAUGGACUAAUUGCUAAUUUGUAUGGCCCAGUCGAAGGAAAACGACACGACAGUGCCAUGCUGGCAAUGUCUGGUAUCUUGAAUCAAAUGCAGCAAUACUCAAUGAAUCCUGAAGGAGAUAUACUUUGUGUGUAUGGGGAUCCAGCUUACCCUCUUAGACCACAUCUUCAAGCUCCAUACAAAGGGGCUGGGCUAACAGCAGACCAACUUGCAUGGAACAAAUCUAUGAGCUCUGUCAGGGUGGCAGUAGAGUGGGUGUUUGGUGAUGUUGUUAACUAUUUUAAAUUUGUAGACUUUAAGAAAAAUCUUAAAGUUCACUUGAGUGCAGUGGGGAAAAUGUAUGUUUGUUCUGCCUUAAUUCAUAAUGCACGCACUUGCCUAUAUCAGUCAACAACCUCCACUUAUUUUCAGCUUGAUCCACCUGCUUUAGAUGAAUAUUUUUUUGACAAUGAAUGAAAAGAGGUAUUAUAAAUGCUGUAUUGUGCUGCAAUGUUUACAUAAACGUUUGACAUGUUUUAACAGAGUACAGAAUGAAUAGACCAAAACAAUAACUAAAAACAACAAUAUUUAAUACAAACAAUACAAAUAACAAUGUAAGUUAGACCAAAAAAUUAGUCCUAAUCCUUCAUUAUUCUUAUUUAUGUUUAUGUUUAGAAAUAUUAAAUGUCUUAUAAACACUGUCUUUCAACAGAACAAUGAUAUGCAA